AUGAGCCACAAAAAGAGUGCCCCUUCCCUGGGCUUACGACCUCACAAUCUCUGGGGCACCUUGCAAGGCGAAAAGAUGACUCAACAAAAUGGCGACCAUGCUGCUGCUCCUGAGUCACAAACACAUGGAUUAAAAGGCCAAACUAUUACUGCAGUCCAAGGAAACAAGAUGGCUACAGGAAAAAAGGACAUGUCUGACCAAGCUGCUCCAGCGUCUCAGGCUGGUAAGGAAGGACUACCUGACUUUAUUGUUGAACGAAACAGACUCUUCGAUGAGCUGAAGAAAAAGUACGACGAUGAACUGGCCGCCAAGGAGAAGACCCCAAUCAAAAUUAGAUUCACGCCUGAACCUGGUACUAUCAAGGAGAUCGAAGGCAACGCCUGGGACACUACUCCAGGCAAGCUCUUGAAGGACGUACCGAAAGAACGUGCUGCCAAGAUUGUUGUUGCAAGAGUCGAUGGUAAGGAAUGGGAUCUUGAUCGACCUCUCGAGAAAGACUGCUCUGUUGGUUACUACACUUUCGAUGACAAAGAAGGACGCUAUGUCUUCUGGCACUCUUCAGCACACGUUCUUGGUGAGUGUGCAGAGCACCAAUAUGGCUGUAGACUGUCUCAUGGUCCGCCCACCGAUAUGGGUUUCUUCUACGAUAUGGCGCUGGAACCAGGUAGAGCAGUCACCGAAAGUGACUGGCCUUCGCUUGAAGCCAAAGCAAAAAAGUUCACUACCAAGGACAAGCAACCCUUUGUUCGACUGGAAGUUGGAAAAGACGACCUGCUGAAAAUGUUCGGCUAUUCCAAAUACAAGACUCAUUACAUCAACCAGCUUGUGAAGGACGACAAGUCUACAGUUUAUCGAAAUGGUGACCUUGUAGAUCUCUGCCAAGGUCCUCAUAUACAAAACACUCGCAAGAUUGAGUCUUUCAAGAUUAUGAAGAACUCCUCUGCAUACUUCCUUGGUGACCAAGCCAAUGACUCAUUGCAACGCAUUCAUGCCGUCUCCUUUCCUAACAAGCAAGGUCUUAAGGAAUGGGAACAUAUGCUCGAAGAGGCUAAGAAGCGUAACCAUCAGCUAAUAGGCAAACAGCAAAAAUUGUUCUUCUUUUCACAGCAAUCGCCUGGCUCACCAUUCCUUUUGCCUCACGGUACUCGCAUUUUCAAUGCUCUCCAAUCUAUGCUGAGGGACGAGUACUGGAACAGAGGUUAUCAAGAAGUACAAUCUCCGAAUAUGUACAACGUCAAUCUCUGGAAAACCAGUGGUCAUUGGCAGCACUACCAGGACGACAUGUUUCGUGUCAUAGUAAACGACGAGACCUCCGAGCCACCUCAGCCUAUGCCUCUUAGUGAUCAAAAACCUUCUGGUGCACCAGUAGCCGAUAUCAAGAAUGACGACAAAGACAAGGGAGUUUUCGCGCUCAAACCGAUGAAUUGUCCUGGCCACUGCCUUCUCUUCCGAGAUGAAGAACGCUCUUACAGAGAACUACCUUGGAGAAUCGCAGAUUUUGGUGUACUGCACCGUAACGAGGCAAGUGGUGCUCUAUCUGGCUUGACCCGUGUCCGCAAAUUCCAACAAGAUGAUACCCACAUAUUCUGUACCAAAGACCAGAUCAUGGGUGAAAUCAAAGGACUCUUCGACUUCAUGAACAGCGUCUACUCUCUCUUCGGCUUCCCUUUCAAACUCAAGCUGUCCACACGACCCGAGGGCUUCAUGGGCAAGAUCGAAGAGUGGGACGCAGCAGAAGCACAACUCAAGCAAGCCCUACAGGACUUUCGAGGUGAUGACUGGGAACUAAACCCCGGCGACGGCGCCUUCUACGGACCCAAGAUCGACAUUACCAUAUCCGACGCCCUACGCCGAGAGUACCAAUGCGCAACCAUCCAGCUCGAUUUCCAAGGUCCCCAAAACUUCAAGCUCGAAUACCGAACCGGCGAAGCCUCCCAAGAAACCGACAAAGAAGCAAGCGCAAAAGAGAGAGAGAAGGAUCCCAAUGCCCUCACCACAGGCAUGGCUCGACCAGUCAUGAUCCACCGCGCCAUCGUCGGGAGUUUCGAGCGCUUCAUCGCCAUUCUCUGCGAGCACUUCGCUGGCAAAUGGCCCUUUUGGCUCUCCCCACGACAGAUCAUGAUCAUCCCCGUCAUGCGAGGCGCGGAAGAUUAUGUCCGAGAACUCCAGCAAAUCUUCCACAAAGCAAAGAUGUAUGUUGAUGUUGACUUGAGCGGAAAUACCCUACCCAAGAAGAUUCGAAACGCGCAAAUUGAGCAGUAUAAUUUUACUUUUGUCGUCGGCGCCCAAGAACAAGAAACUCGCACCGUCAAUAUCCGUAACCGGGAUGAUCCAGCCACGCAGAAGCAGGGGCAACUUGUGCCGUUGAACAAGGCGCUUGCACAAUUGAUUGAGUUGAGAGAUAAUCGGGUGUUGGAGAGUAAGAUUGAUUUGAGUGAGUAG